AAGCUUCGUUUACAAACAUUGUAUUUGACAUGCGCGGCCAGUUGCUAGGUAAUAAAGGAGCCUGGAAAUGAAUUUCAAAAAGACGCGGGAAAAUCAAGAAACGACACAAAUGGAAACCAAGGCAAACAAAAUGAUAAAUAUGAAUUGCAGUGACUUCAAGAAAACAAAAUCUAUGAGAGAAAAUGCUGCGGAUUUAACUGCAAGAUUAGCAGUAGCAGUGGCAAUUGCAAGGAAUACACCCGUCGGAAUGGACGCCGAGUCAUUUGCACAAUAUCUGGCAAACAAGUUUAGAAAAAAGAUGUAUGAAAGAACAAAAAGGGUUGAGCAACUUGAAGAAGAAUUGUUUAGUUUAAAACAGGAUUAUGUCAUACUAGAUCUUAGAUAUAAGGCAACGAUUGAAAGUAGCAACAAAACAGAGUUUCUGCUCGCAACGCAAAAAGAAACUCAAGCAGAGAAUACCAAUUCCUUGGGUCAAGAUCAAAUAUCAAGCAACUUAAUGUUCAUGGAAAACGUGCUUGCUUUGACAUACAAGCUGCAAUCUUGGAAUGGCAAUCAUGGCCAGGUUCUUGUCACAUCAAUUACGUCAACAUUAAGAGCUUUAAAAGCAAGUUCCAAGGAGAUGAAGGGCAGUGAAUUUCUGCCAUCACAGAUAUACAAGUUAUCUUCAGUGCUAAAAGGAAUUCUCAGCGAGCCAGUGCUAACAAACAAUGAAGAAAUAACUGCGAGCGUAAUUCAGCUUGGAGAAGAAUUGAUAAACCAGAUUGCAACAAGCAACUGUACGGGUCAAUGGCAGGAAAAAUUAAGUGAAACAGUCGUGUCACUAGCUGUGAAUAAUGCUACGAGAAAUGGUAUAUUGGCAAAGCUUAUGGUACUCUUAAAAGCCGAAUGGUUCGGGUACAUUGACCACGAAAAAACUGGAUCAGUGUUCUGCUACUACAAAUUCGAGAGUUUGUACUUUGUAUUCUGGAUGAUGGAGAGGAUUCUCAUGACAACGAAGAAAAAUGCAUCUCUGCUUGCAGUAAAGAGAGAACUGACGCACUUCUUGAAUGACAACAUACAUGACAUGUAUGCGGCAUUCCCUUUGCUUGUCCACUACAUCUGGAAACUGGUGGCUAUUCUGGACAUUCAAAAAAGCGAAGAUGAAUACAAGAAUGCCCUAUUGCCAUUAUGACAAAAGUCAUAACUUGCGUCAAAAGCGAUCUAUCUUGCCAAGCACAAGACAAUAUCUUACUUGCAACGAAGUCUCGUCGAGAGAUUCAAAGAUCAAGAAACCUUUAACUCCUUUUCAUACACGUACCUUUGAAAUCUGUUUCAAAAAGUCUGCCCGCAAAAAGACGAUUAAAAAAUUGGAUAAAAGCAAUUAUGAGAUUUGUGUAUUUACAAGAAAUCUCUUGUGAAAGGACUUCCU